UUUGGGAACUGGCACACAGAGUCCCUUAUCACAGAGUCCCUUAUGCUUUCAACUAAGGUGACUGGGUGAACUUUACAAUAAAUAGUUUACAGUGCCAUUACUCAAGCUGCUAUGGCUGAUUGCAGCCGAAGCCGAACGAUAUCUGUUCUGUACUCUCCUAGCUAGACUAUAUGGUAAAGGUGAACUAUACUCUAGACUAUAUGGUAAAGGUGUUCUGUACUCUCCUAGCUAGACUAAGGUGACCUAUACUCUAGACUAUAUGGUAAAGGUGUUCUGUACUCUCCUAGCUAGACUAAGGUGACCUAUACUCUAGACUUUAUGGUAAAGGUGACCUAUACUCUAGACUUUAUGGUAAAGGUGACCUAUACUCUAGACUUUAUGGUAAAGGUGACCUAUUCUCUAGACUUUAUGGUAAAGGUGACCUAUUCUCUAGACGUUAUGGUAAAGGUGACCUAUACUCUAGACUAUAUGGUAAAGGUGACCUAUACUCUAGACUUUAUGGUAAAGGUGACCUAUACUCUAGACUAUAUGGUAAAGGUGACCUAUACUCUAGACUUUAUGGUAAAGGUGACCUAUACUCUAGACUUUAUGGUAAAGGUGACCUAUACUCUAGACUUUAUGGUAAAGGUGACCUAUACUCUAGACUAUAUGGUAAAGGUGACCUAUACUCUAGACUAUAUGGUAAAGGUGACCUAUACUCUAGACUUUAUGGUAAAGGUGACCUAUUCUCUAGACUUUAUGGUAAAGGUGACCUAUACUCUAGACUUUAUGGUAAAGGUGACCUAUACUAUAAUAAUAAUAAUAAUAUGCCAUUUAGCAGACGAUUUUAUCCAAAGCGACUUACAGUCAUGCGUGCAUACAUUUUUGUGCAUGGGUGGUCCCGGGGAUCGAACCCACUACCUUGGCGUUUCAAGCGCCGUGCUCUACCAGCUGAGCUACAGAGGACCACAUACUCUAGACUUUAUGGUAAAGGUGACCUAUACUCUAGACUUUAUGGUAAAGGUGACCUAUACUCUAGACUUUAUGGUAAAGGUGACCUAUACUCUAGACUAUAUGGUAAAGGUGACCUAUACUCUAGACUUUAUGGUAAAGGUGACCUAUACUCUAGACUAUAUGGUAAAGGUGACCUAUUCUCUAGACUUUAUGGUAAAGGUGACCUAUGCUCUAGACUUUAUGGUAAAGGUGACCUAUGCUCUAGACUUUAUGGUAAAGGUGACCUAUGCUCUAGACUUUAUGGUAAAGGUGACCUAUUCUCUAGACUUUAUGGUAAAGGUGACCUAUGCUCUAGACUUUAUGGUAAAGGUGACCUAUGCUCUAGACUUUAUGGUAAAGGUGACCUAUACUCUAGACUAUAUGGUAAAGGUGACCUAUUCUCUAGACUUUAUGGUAAAGGUGACCUAUACUCUAGACUAUAUGGUAAAGGUGACCUAUACUCUAGACUUUAUGGUAAAGGUGACCUAUGCUCUAGACUUUAUGGUAAAGGUGACCUAUACUCUAGACUAUAUGGUAAAGGUGACCUAUACUCUAGACUUUAUGGUAAAGGUGACCUAUGCUCUAGACUUUAUGGUAAAGGUGACCUAUGCUCUAGACUUUAUGGUAAAGGUGACCUAUACUCUAGACUUUAUGGUAAAGGUGACCUAUACUCUAGACUUUAUGGUAAAGGUGACCUAUGCUCUAGACUUUAUGGUAAAGGUGACCUAUACUCUAGACUUUAUGGUAAAGGUGACCUAUACUCUAGACUUUAUGGUAAAGGUGACCUAUACUCUAGACUAUAUGGUAAAGGUGACCUAUACUCUAGACUUUAUGGUAAAGGUGACCUAUACUCUAGACUUUAUGGUAAAGGUGACCUAUACUCUAGACUUUAUGGUAAAGGUGACCUAUAUUCUAGACUUUAUGGUAAAGGUGACCUAUACUCUAGACUAUAUGGUAAAGGUGACCUAUACUCUAGACUUUAUGGUAAAGGUGACCUAUACUCUAGACUAUAUGGUAAAGGUUACCUAUACUCUAGACUAUAUGGUAAAGGUGACCUAUUCUCUAGACUUUAUGGUAAAGGUGACCUAUGCUCUAGACUUUAUGGUAAAGGUGACCUAUGCUCUAGACUUUAUGGUAAAGGUGCUCUAG